AUGUCGGACCAAAACGACAUCUCCAUGUUGGACGUCUCCAACGCCCUCGACAGCAUCGGCGCCGAGGCCGCUCCGCCGGCGCCGGCCCGGCGGAAGUCCACGCUCAUUCUCACCGACGACGGCGAGCCCGAAAACACAAACACGGGCCGUGCCACGGACCCCGCCCAAAGCGGCGCCAUGGCCGCGUCUGCCGCCGAGCCCACGGCGCCACAAACACAGCCGGCGCGCCCGGAGCUGCCGGGCCCGGCGCCCGACGCCAGUGCCACGGUGCCGGUGGACAUCUCGUGGCUGCAAGGCGGCGAUAAGGUGUACGUGACCGGCUCGUUCACGGGCUGGAGGAAGAUGAUCGGGUUGCAGAGCCAGCCCGACGGCACGCACGUGGUCACGCUCGGGUUGCCCGUGGGCACGCACCGGUUCCGCUUUGUCAUCGACAACGAGUUGCGGUUCUCGGACUUCUUGCCCACGGCCACGGACCAGAUGGGCAACUUCGUGAACUACGUGGAGGUCACGCCCGAGCACGUUCAGAUGCACAUGCGCCAGCAGCGCAGCCUCGAGGAGCAGCAGCAGCAGAAGCAGGCGCGCGAGCAGGCCGCGCAGCAGCUGCGCCAGGGCCUGCGGCAGCGUGCGUUGGCGGGCCGCCCGCGCUCGGACCUGAUUUUCAAGUUCAUCAGCGACGACGACGACAUGGGCAACGGGUACCUGCGCUACUACGACGAUGACGCGGACGCUGCGGCCGACCGCCGGUACAACUACAUCAGCGACAUCCCGCCCAUCUUCGUCGAGCCCAAGGUCAUGGAGCAGUACUACAUGGCCGUGGACGAGCAGGCCAAGGCGCAGAACGGGCAGCAGGCGUGGCUCCACCCGCCGCAGUUGCCGCCGCAGCUCGACCACGUGAUCUUGAACAACUUCAACUCCAUGGACCGCCACAACAACUCCGGCGCGUUGCCCAUCCCGAACCACGUGGUGCUCAACCACUUGGCCACCACCAGCAUCAAGCACAACACCUUGGCCGUCGCCUCCGUGGUCCGCUACAAGCACAAGUACGUCACCCAGGUCUUGUACGCGCCGUUGCUGCAGUGA